UGUUUACACAGAUAGUCUACACUCUCCUGUUAAAACAGAUCCAAAAAAUGAAACACAGAUAAGUUAUAUCGGCACUUUUUAAUGUAAAAAUGAAAACCUAUGCAAAGCCACUGAAAUGAAAAUAUAGGUCAUUUAAAGUUUUUAUUUAUAGGCUAACUGCAUUCUAUAAAGAAAGUUACGACAACCGGAUGGCUUCAAAGUGAUUCAGACACACUGUUGGAAUUUCACAGUGUUGGAAAAAACUUGAUAGUGCGCCCUCAAGGCGGGUCUCAUUUUUAAAUGAAAAGUGAAAGUAUUUUACUCUCCUGCAUCAUUAUCUGCUCAAGCUCUUAGGAUACAAAGCUAUGUCCAAGCUCCAGGUAAAUAUGGCGUUUCUGACAUUCUUGACUGACUAAUGAUACUUUUAAUAACUACCAAAUCACUUGUUUUUGUAUUUCCUGUAUUAAACAUUGUGUUUUACUAUUGAACACAAGACGUACUUUUACGACGUUUAAAAAAAGUACAUUUUGUUUGAAGAUUUUGUUUCGUCAGUUUUAAUUAAUUUCGUCAGUUUUAAUGUCGUCGUCAGUUUUGAGAUUCGGUUUUGUUAUCUAAAAUAAAAUUUAGCCUAAUAUUUUAAGUUUGCACGACAUAGAUAAAAAGUGAAACUAAACAAAAUUAACAAAUUGAGUCAUGAAGAUGAAAGCAACAGGAUGACCACGCAGUGUACUUCCGGCAGAGGGCGCUACAUGAAUCCAAAACUAUUAACACACGAAAUGUUUGCUGUAAGUAAGAAAUAUACCACAACAUAAGCUAGGCUACUAUUAAGAACACAUAUCCUCUUUAAUAUAGGCUACACGUUCCACCUCGUUCAUGUUGUCACACAAUAUGUGGGCUAUUCCUUAUUUUUUUUUACCAUGGGUAGAAUGGAGAAUAUCUCGUGUUUUUUUUCCGUGGGUGGGUGCUCAACCAUUUCCGUGGGAACUCGAGCCCCUGCCCUGACCACAUGACUACUGUCCAGUGUGCGUUUCUGUAUUUGUGGGUGUUUUCAAACUGGUGGGUGUUUAUAAAUCAUGCAAUGAAAAUGAAGGAUUUGUUAAAGAGGUUGAGCUGGUCAUUUCAGAUAAGAGGAUUGACAUACUAAAAACAGCAGAUGGACGUGUCAAAUGAUGAAGAAAAAGGGGAAAACAUGGAGCCUCAUGGAGUCUCUAAAAUCAGUAUCUCUGCCCAGAGUGGAAGCAAUAUUUCAGCACCUGUGUUAUUAAAUUCAACAGUCACUGGAAAUAUUAAUAUUUCUAAUAAUUUCUUUCCAGGACCUGUGGCUGAAAUCACAGAUACAAGCUCACUGAUCGCCGAAUACAAGAAGUCCCUGCUGUCUGAAUAUGCCUACAUUACAGAAUACACUUCGCGUGCCGGUGAACAGGUGCUGCUUAAUGACCGCUACGUUGACUCGCUGAUAGUUCAGAAACACAGAGAAAAGAACGAGCGAGAGAAUGAGAUGUGCUCUAGAGGGCAACGAUUCUUCAACACCAGAGAAAGUAACCAGAGAAACCAAAACAUCAGCCUUGAUAAGCUGUUCGGUCCAGAGAAUGGCUCCAAAAAAGUGACACCAACAGCUGUGAUUCUCCAAGGUGAUUCUGGAAGUGGGAAAUCGAUCACUGCACAAAAGAUCGUUCUGGACUGGGCCUCUGGAGAGCUCUACGCUACACUUUUUGAUGUAGUAUUUCAUCUAAGAUGCAAAGAACUCAGUGGUCUCUCAGGUGAGAUGAGCUUGGUGGAUCUCCUUGACUGCAGUUUAACUCCAAAUGAGAUUGGUCAGAUCUUAAAAGACACAUCACAGAGGAUCUUGUUCAUCAUUGAUGGUUUUGAUGAACUCAUGCUUUCUGAAUCCAAAGAGUUAUUGCCACAAAAACCAGUCAUCAAAUCCCACCCAUUGACCAUUGUUUGCUCUCUUCUGAAGGGACGUAUGAUGAGAGAGUCCUUCCUGCUGGUUACUACAAGAUCGAACGCUGUAGACAAACUGGAGAUCAUUCUGAAAAAGCCUCAGUGCUUCAUGGAGAUCAUGGGAUUUUCAGAGAAAGGAGUGAGUAAGUACUUUCAACAGUUCUUUGAGGAUGAAGAGUUUUCAAGUCGAGUGUAUGAGCAGGUGAAGGUACACGAGAUGCUCUACACCGCUUGCUUCAUCCCAGUCAUCUGCUGGAUUAUCUGCACAAUUUUUAAAAGAAAAGGAAAAGAUGGUGUUGUAACUAGCGAGUUGACGACCACAACGUCCAUAUUUGUUGAUUUUGUGUUCACUCUCUUGAAGCAUCACAGUAGUUUGAGUCAGCAAGAAGAGCUCGACCUCCUCAAGAACCUGGGUCAGCUAGCGGAGAGUGGAAUGCCGAAACAACAAAUCUUGUUUCCCAGAAAAGAUCUUCCAAAGGCACUCUCUGAUUUACCAAACAUUCCCUUCCUUUGCACAUUUCGCCAGCAAGAGAGAACUUAUCUGAAGGAGAUGUUUGGUUUCAUGCACCUCAGCUUUCAGGAGUUCUUCACCGCUCUGUUUUACAUGUUAACAGACGAGGCGGAUGCAAAAAUAAAAAUCAAGGAGCUACUGGAGUCAGCAAGCCAUGGGAGGCGCAAUGAGUAUCUCUUUCCUGUAAUCCGGUUCCUUUUUGGUCUCUCAAACAAGAAAGUAGGCUGUUUAAUCCUGGGGGAAAAGCCACGGUCAACAUCUUCCUUUAUUCGCAAGGAGCUGGAAAAAUGGAUCAGCAAAGUUAUACAGAAGGACACAGUGUACGUGAAUGAUUUCAUUUUUCAAUGCUUGUAUGAGCUCCAUGAUAAGAACAUACUGAAGAACGUCAUGAAUUUCUGGGAACGUUUAGGUAUUAACAUACGCUGGUCUUUGAAGGGGAUCGACUGUCAGGUUGUGAUGUACUGCCUCCAGUAUUCUUCACGCAUUAUCAGAAUGGAAGUCAAGUGCAAUGCAAAAGAUUUAAAGAUGCUUCAUCCUGCACUCUGCAGGUGUACAACUUUAUGGCUGGAUUUUGAUUCUAUAUCUGACACCGAUGUCAACCUCCUGACAUCAGCCCUGGGGAGGAAAAAGAACGUGGACUAUUUGAAGAUGGAGGAUGGAUCUCUAUCAGAUGAAAGUGUGCAGAAGAUCCUGAAAACCCUCAGUGGACAAACAUCAGUGGGUAACAUUCGACUGGUGUUGAGGAACAUCAGCGAAGCCAAUAUUGAUUUGACCAUGAACUUCCUUGUGAAAGAGAUGAUGGAUAGAAGCUUCAGCGUUUGCAUUGCCAAUCAAGCAGAAACCAUACAUAAGGGUCUUUGCUCAGAGUUCACAAUGGCAAGCCGAAAUAAUUCUGUCUGGUUUACUGUUGGGCAUUCAGAAGGACAUCAGGGUGAAAUCUCAGAAAAGCAUGGUCUUUGUUCUUAUCAGGGGUUUACAAAAAUAUCCUUCGCUCUCUGUCCUUUCUCGGCAGUACCCAUGACUGAAUUCCUCAAAGCAACCCAUAACCUCAGAUGCUUCUCAGAGCUGAAAAGCAUUGAGUUUGGUGUGAAUGUGGAUGCUCUGCUGUCUUUCCUGAAUUGUGUUCCUGGUUUAACUGAGCUGGACAUAUGUGCAGAGUUCCUGACAGAUAUUUGGACCUCCAGAAUUCUGUGCUACCUUCAAGUCAAUCCUAAGAUUUCUCACAUAAAGUUUCAUGUGAGCAACCUCAUGAUUAGUGAUGACGAAAGGGUCUGUUCAACAUUUUCGGUCUCUAGAAAGCCAUUUCGACGGUACAAGAUGCAUGACAGUGAAGAGAAAAAUCCAUCAUUGACUCUUGCAAUGGACAGAUGGGGUCAUGAUAUUGCAUAUGGUAGCAGUGGAGAGCCGGGAUAUUCGCAUGUUCUGGACAAACCGGUUCUGGUGAAGCUCAUGCUCAGUUUCCCUCCUUUUAAAGGGUCUAGUGUCAGUUGGGAGGUUCUUUUCAAAAGGCUUUACCAACUCAUUCUAACUGACAGAACAAUGCCCAGAGUUGGAUGAGCAUACAGAUUCUCUGCUGCUGUUCCUUCACUCUGUUCCUGGUCUGAAGGAGGUUAAAGUUUGGCUAAACAACCUGAUUGAGAGCUGGGCGGCUGGUCUGUUCACCCUCUUCCUGUCUUGU